UAGUCGCGACUUCGUGGCUCGCGCAUGCGCAUUCACGAUUCGCUUUAGACGGUAACGUUUGGAAAAGGAGCUGGACUACGCUGAGAGUGUUGUUGGGGUUAUUUAAAUCUCCUCGCUUGUAAUUCCGCUGUAAUAUCCUGGCUCCUGGUAGUGGAUUUUAUUUAAUAAGUAAAGAACUAGGCGCAGACAGAUAGAAACGGAUUUUAAGAUGAACCACGUCAACUUUGCUGUACCGGUGAAAAGUUCCAGCUCACUCGGUUUCUGAUCCCAUGAUCGUGGUUCACGAACAAAUUAUUGUGCAGCUCUAUAUGGUACUAUUAAUUCUUGAAGCAAGAACGAAGUUGUCAGGGACAUUUCCUUCAGCCUCAUCUUUAUAGCAAAUGAAGAGAGAAACUUUUGCAGCAAAAUGGGUGGCUUCUUAGCUGAACCGUGACGAGCGGAAAACCUUUAUCUUUCUUGCCAAUUGCGCUGACCAACCUGGCAUGGAGAAGCAGACAGACAUCACUCACAAUAAGGUGGCAUCAUCAUUUAAAGAUGAGGUUGAGAACCAUUCUAAACUAAAGGAACUGGAUUCCUUUAACCCAAUAGAGCCCCCUCCUCUGGACUGGAGGUCUGACUCUUCCAGCGAAGCAUGUUCACUUAGAGAUAUCGAAGAACCUGGAUCUUUCUCCAUGGACACACCAUUAGAUGAAUUAAGUGACUAUGGGGCUCGCAACACAAGCUUUACACCAACAGAAGUUGAGAAUCUCACAAGUCAGGAAGCUGAAGAACUCGCAAAUCGGGAAGUUGAGGAUCUCACAAAUCAGAAAGCUGAAGAUCACACAAACAAUACACAGAGGAUGAACAAAUCUAAUGUUCCUGAACCACUGGAGAAGAAUUUAGAGAAGACGAGGCAAAGGCCAACAGAGAAUCGACGACAACAUGACCUAGACCACGUUCAAAUUCAGGAUUUGCUUAAUCAACUUCAGCUCUUUCACACAACACCUCCAAAAAAUCCUACUCCAGAACCAGAAAAGUCAACCUACAGUGCUGACCAUGCAACUGAGAACCUCUCCUCUUCAUGUUUGGUGCCUGACGUUAGUGAUUAUCAAACAUGCUCGGAGGGAAGCACAGUAUCUGGACUUCUUUUCACUGUGAGCCAUCAGAAGGAGCUUCUAGAGCUGCUGGAGGACCCAGAACCUCAAGAACCCCAAGAAUUUCAGGAAUCUCAGGAAGAUCACCCCAGUUAUACAGAACAGACUACUGAGAGCCAUACUGAGACCAUUUUACAGCUGCCUGAUUGCCAGACAAGGUAUAUAACAAGAAGUGGUGAGGCAGAUGAGAUGGUUUCUGUUUCAUAUGGCACCGAUAUCUGGCACAGCCCCUUUCAGGAUGAGCUUAUGAUGUCAGGCUACUCCGAGGACGAGGUCAUGAAACAGUGGCAGCAGUCUAAAUGUAUGUUCUCAGCUGAGUCGGCCUCUCAUGGAGCUGAUGUGGAAGCUGAGGCUGAAACUCAGGCUUCAUAUAAAGAUGUGCCUGGUCCUUGUGAUCCUGAGGAUCUGCUGGAUGGGAUCAUAUUUGGAGCUAAAUACCUUGGUUCCACGCAGCUACGUACAGAUAGGAACCCCUCCACUAAUGCUCGAAUGGCUCAAGCACAAGAAGCUGUAGAUCGCAUCAAGGCACCUGAAGGAGAAUCUCAGCCAAUGACAGAUGUGGACCUUUUCAUCUCCACUCAGAGAAUCAAAGUGUUGAAUGCAGAUACCCAGGAGGCUAUGAUGGACCAUCCUCUGCAGAUGAUCUCCUAUAUCGCAGACAUUGGAAGUCUUGUGGUGUUGAUGGUGCGCAGGAAGCCAGUAGAUCAUAGCGCUGCAGAUUCAGCUGCUUGCUCUUCAUCACCACCUAAGAAAUGCUGGAUGAUUUGCCACGUGUUCUCCUCUGAAGAUGCACAGAUUAUAGCUCAGGCCAUUGGCCAGGCAUUUGGUGUGGCAUAUCAGCAAUUUUUGCAAGCAAAUGGGAUUAAAGCCAGCGAAUUUCGACAAGGAGAGUACUGCCUUGGCUCACAGGAGCUCUAUAAUGGAGAUCUGGUGCACUUUUCACAAUCUGAAAAUAUCAGAGAGGUUUGCAUAAUAAAGAAGGCCGGGGAGAUCCUGGGUAUAGCUGUAGUAGAAUCCGGUUGGGGCUCCAUCCUGCCCACGGUGGUGGUGGCCAAUCUGCUGCAUGGUGGUGCAGCUGAGCGCUCUGGGGAGCUGAGCAUCGGAGAUCGCAUCAUGUCUGUGAAUGGGGCCAGCCUGGUGGGCCUUCCCAUCACCACAUGCCACAACAUCAUCCGAGACUUGAAAAACCAGUCCCAGGUGAAGCUCAGCAUAGUCCACUGUCCACCUGUCACCAUGGCCAUUAUUAAGCGACCUGACCCAAAAUACCAGCUGGGCUUCAGUGUAGAGGACGGAAUUAUUUGCAGUUUGAUGCGUGGAGGCAUCGCGGAGAGGGGCGGCAUUCGGGUUGGCCAUCGCAUCAUUGAAAUCAAUGGGCAGAGUGUCGUAGCCACACCACAUGACAAAAUCAUCCACAUCCUCACAAAUGCAGUAGGAGAGAUUCAUUUGAAGACGAUGCCAACAUCCACCUAUCGUCUCUUAACCGGACAAGAGCAGCCUCUGUUCCUCUGAAAAAGAUGAACCAUGCAAACCCUUGUGAUCUAAUGCAGUUUUUCAUUGUAAACGCCCUCACAGAGUGACAAGCAAUGACUCUUUGUAUUAACUGUCACCCAGUGCACUUCAUCUGUAUCUUACAAAUCACUGCUGAAAACAUGGAGCACUAUUUUACAAUUUACGCCAAGCUUAAUGCAGGAAACAGAAUUAACUUUUACGAAUUGCACAGCAUGCAUAUUUGUAUUUCACUGUGCCUUUUUGGAGAAAUUUGUGCAAGUGUGUUAUUUUGCAUGAAUGUUUUCCACCAAAAUUGCUCAUAUAUUGAGCACCUCCUUUGCUGUAUGGGUUGUAGGCUUGGAUGCUGUGUUCAGUACUUGUGCCUCAGUGCCUGCAAAAAUGAAUUGAGUGACAUCGAGGUGUCUGCUUUUAGCAAUAGGAUAUAUAUAUAUAUAUAUA